AUGCAUACUACUCUUCGAUUUUGGUUUCAAACACUCUUGUUCGGAACAAGUUCCAAGGACUGGGUUUCAGUUUGUGAGGUACUCAAUAAUGUACGCAGAUUGUCAAUAUUCGACAAGGAAGUAAUGCUCGGUGUCUUGGGUGAUGUGAUCUCCUUCAUAGUGAAAUCCUUGAAAAAUCCAAGAAGUGCUGUUUGUAAAACUGCAAUCAUGACUUGUCCUGACAUUUUCAAAGCAUAUACGGAUGACAUCAUUGAUUUGCUGGAUCCUCUGGCAUUUUGUUUUCCUUCAAAUUCAGCUUGUGGUUUUAUUCAAAGCAUUCUUUUGCAUGUCUUUGUUCCUAUCUAA